CCUCUCCUCCCUCGCUUCCUCUCCUCCCUGUCUCUGACUGAAGGAGAGAGGGCCAGAGAGUGGACCAGGAUUCUCCCAGGAUAGAACUGUCUGUCUUCCCAGGAGGAGGUUGAAAACAGGACUGUGGGUCUGGUCCGCUGGGGAAAGCUUGGCUUGGAUCCGCCCCACCUGCUACCAUGUACAGCGGAUAUGGAGGGAGUCCCUCGAGGGCAGUAUCCACCAUGUCGCUGUCCGUGCGACCCUCUCGCAGGGUGCUCACGCGCUCCAUCACUAGGAGCCAGUCCUUCGCUGGGGUCAACUCCUACGACAAGCCCUACCGGAACCUAUCAGUGUUCAGCACCCCGGGCCUGAGCAGGAAGCCGUCCAGAGCCAGCAGGAUGUUCACCCUGUCCACCAAGUCCCCGCCCCCUAAGGUGCCCCAGCCUGAGAGGCUGGACGAGGUCUACGAGGCUCUGAAGAGAGGCCUGCAGUCAUACCUGCAGGUGCACCAGCUGGAGCUGGAAGGACUGAGCAGACAGAUGAGGGAGUCCAAGAGGAACUCCAGGCUGGGCUUCCUGUAUGAGCUGGACAAGCAAGUGAAGGUGAUCGAGAGGUUCAUGAGAAAACUGGAGUUUCAUCUCAGCAAGAUCGAGGAGCUGUACGAGGCCUACUGUCUCCAGCGGCGUCUGAGGGAUGGAGCCAACAAGAUGGUGAAGGCCUACACCUCCUCCUCCCCUGGCAGCAAGGAGGCCAGGGAGAGCCUGUCUGAGGCCAACAAGGGCUACAAGGAGUACACCGAGAACAUGUGCAUGCUGGAGAGUGAGCUGGAGAACCAGUUGGGGGAGUUCCAUGUCAAGAUGAAGGGCUUGGCAGGAUUUGCAAGACUUUGUGCCGGAGACCAGUAUGAGAUCUUCAUGAAGUACGGGCGGCAGCGCUGGAAGCUGCGGGGCAGGAUCGAGAUCAACGCCAAGCAGGUGUGGGACAGCGAGGACAUGGUCUUCCUGCCGCUCAUCACCGACUUCCUGUCCAUCAAGGUGACGGAGCUGAAGAGCCUAGCCAAUCACGUGGUGGUAGGAAGCGUUUCCUGUGAGACCAAGGAUCUGUUUGCUGCUCUGCCUCAGACCGUGGCUGUGGACAUCAACGACCUGGGCACCAUCAAGCUGAGCCUGGAGGUCACCUGGAGUCCGUUUGAGAAGGACGACCUGGUGUCGGCAGCGAGCACGGUCAACAAGCCUCCAACUGUCAACAAGCGUUUCUCUACCUACAACCAGAGUCCGCCUGACACCCCGUCGCUACGGGAACAGGCCUUCUACAACAUGCUGCGUCGCCACGAGGAGGCGGAAGGCGGCACGGCGUGGUCCAACUCCUCCGAGUCCUCGGACGACUCCUCCUCCCCGCAGCCGUCGCUAGGGACGAGACACACCCACAAGACGCUGGUGGCCCCCGAGCUGCAAGCCGCUGCCCCCUCCAUCCACAUUUCCUUCUCCCCGCGAGACUCCGCCUGCUCCAGCCCCGCCCCCGCCCAAUCGGAAGGCCAGGGGGAGGAGCCGGACGCCGUGGCGGGGGGGCGGCGCGAGGAGGACGCCGGGAAGGGGGCGGUGCCCAAUGGCCACGCCCGCUACUCGCGCUCGCUCAGCCACAUCAGCGAGAGCAGCGUGGACGGGGCCUUGACGGACAGGGCUGCCGGCGAAUCGGUGGAGCCGUCGGAGGUGACGUCGCUGCUCUCCGGGAUCUCCGUCAACGACAUUGAGAUGGAGAUGCCCGCCAGGUCGGAGCUGAUGCCGGUUAGGAUGGCCGUUCCCCCCAGGGAGAGAGCGACGCCGGCAGCAGAUACUCGUUCGCAGGGCUCAGGGUCUCCGCGCACGGAGGGGCUGGGGAAAAACACACCGCCCAGGGGAGAGAAGAGAGGGCCAAGCCCCUCCCCCAGCAGGACUGGGCCUGUGGAGGCCAAGCUAGACUCACACACACACUCAGACACACACGCACCAACACAGCCACCAACGCAGACGCCCCAACAUGCCCAGGGCGACUGUCUGGCCCCGGGCCAGCAACCAGAAGAGGGAGCCCAGAUGUACAGGGCCCACCUGGUGUUGGUGGAGGCCGUGGAGAAGCCUGGGGAUGGAGUAGAGACUGAGUCCAGCCAGGGUGAGGGUCAGCAGGCUGUAGACAGUGGGGUUGAAGAGGCCCUGGGGGCUGUGGUUUCCUCCCUGGAUGACUACAGAGGACAGUUCCCUGAACUGCAGCUGCUGGAACAAGAACUACGACUAUUGGAGAACAUGCUGACUGGUCGUAGUCAGAGCCGGACCUCGAGCGUCAGUCUGACUGUGGAGACGGCUCUGGGCAGCUUUGACUUCCUCAACACCUCCGAUCUGGAGGAGGAGGAGGAGGAGGAGGAGGAGGAGGAAGAGGAAGAGGGUGGAGGGAAGAGGAACAGGACUGACAGUGCUGGCCACAGCGCCCCCUGCGCUCCUGGGGAGGAGAGUGCGGGGGAAGACGAGGGGUGUGAGGAGAGAGGCUGGGACGCCCCCUCCUCCCCCCUGACUACAGGCUGCCCUGCUCUAGACCGCACCCUGGUGGUGCACCUGAAGAACUGCAGCGCACAGCUGCUGCGUCUGGGGACGUUCGGCCCUCUGCGUUGUGGUGAGAUGUACGCUCUGGACCGUCUCCUGAGAGAGGCCCGCGUCCUCGAGCUCAUACGACGCGUCGCCAAGGAAACGCCUGGGGCCGUCACCCAAUCAGAGGAAGUGGUUCCCCAGCUCGAACAGUGCCAAGGGGCGGCGUUGCUAUGGCAGCAGUGCACAGAGCAGGGCUGGGUGUACAGCGUUUCCACAGAGACCUUUCUGGCAGCCCUGGCCAAGACCUACGCCUGCAAACUGCCGGACAGAGCCUCAGGCAUGGCCGACACAGUGUUUUUGCGGUUGGUGGAGAGGAUCCUGGAGCGCCGGUUGCCACGGCGAGGGGGCGGAGCCUGCAUGGACAUGUUGACGUUGUUCCAGUUCUGGAGCUACUUGGAGGCUGAGGGGGUCAGCGAGAUGGACACACACAUCUGUGAGCUGGCAGAGGAGGUGUGGCUGGUCCAGAGCCUGCAGGCGUGUGAACAGGAAGCCCUGGUGCGGGCGCUGCGGAGGCCUCCAGAGAGCAGUCUGAAGAGGGAGGGCAUCCACGCCGUGGCCCGGCUGCUCAGGGACCCCAGGGCCAAGGUCUCCACCUCGGCCAGCUCCCUGCUCCGCAGCCUGGCCGACCAGCCCCGACACAGAGAAAGGGCCCUGGUCAGCUGUCUGGAGCUCCUGGAGGAGGAGAGUGUGGAGACCAGAGUGUGUGGCUGCAAGGCCUUGGCCUGCCUCAAGGCCAAAGAAAGUAUAGACCAGCUGGUGUACCUGUGUCGGACAGACAAGGAGGAUGUGAGAGAUGCAGCCAAACAGGCUCUACUGGUGCUGGGUGAGGAGGGGAAGAUGGCCCACCGCCACGUGGAGACAUCUCAGGGGGGCGUUCCUCGUCUCUUCACCCCUGGCAGUAUGGCUAGCACCGCCUUCUAACCCCCCCGCCCCGCCACGCCAGGCACACACACACCACACCUGGUUUCCACACUGCUACCCUACCCUGAUCAUGAACCACACACACUCUUACUGUACGCUCCCAACAGCACACACACAAGAACACACACACACGUAUGACCACCCUACUGAACACACAAACCUGUGUGUUCAGACCACACUGAGACCACACUGUGGCCUGCAGCACGAGGAAGUCUCUCGCUAAGCCGUGGGACAGGAAGGCAGGAAGUUGAAGAAGCUCAAUCUGCCUUACAUCACACCUAGACCUUCUAAACCCACCAUGAACUGACGGACUGGGAGAGAGAGAAAGGGAGGAAGGGAGGUAUAGACAGACAGAGGGAGGGAGAGAGGGGGAGGAAGGGAGAUAUAGACAGGGAGGGAGAGAGAGGAAGGGAGAGAGAGAGAAGGGAGGUAUAAAUAGAGGCAGUGGGAGAGAAGAAUGGAUUGUUGCGACAAAGGAAGGGAUGGAGGUAUAGACAGAGGGAGAGGACAGGGGGUCAACAUCCCUUUUGGAAGGUCAUAUUCUAUAUUACACGAAUUGAACAAAUGUUGAGCAGGCAAACGCACUUUUGAUCUGCUCAGCUUGUGAAGAGCCUGAUGUCUGAGUGAGAGUGGUUGGUCCCCUUCAGUCGCACUCCCAAUCAGUCACCAGUGACAGAGCUGAAGACAGACUGUGAUUGGAGGAGCACUGCUGGAGGACUUUCCUCUGUGGACUGUGAUUGGUGGAGAAGCUUUCUUGAGGUUGAUGUUGCCAUGACACAGGGUCUGGCCAGACCAAUCAGUGCCAUAAUUCUAUACCAUCACUCUAUAUUCUUAUAUACUCCACUGGAAGUGUACAUGUUAUAUCACUGUAUAGUAAUUCAGUUGGCACUGUCAGGACAAUCGGAGUAAAUGUACUUGUGUUUUUGAGUGACGACGCCUCCCUUUCUGGUGGUGAUGAUAUAGCCUGCUGAAGAUAGUGAGGCUGGGGGCUGGGGGGGAUUUCCCUGUUGUGAUUACUCUAACGAGUGAGGUGAACCAGGGGUCGAUGGAAAGUUACGGAGCACCAGGCUCCCAUCGCUCUCCCCUUUCAGAGGAACAGACUGAAGUUCUCUGAGGGAAGAGGUGGAGGUGACUGAUCAGUGAGGUAGUGUGUGUGUGUGUGGGGGGGUCCAUGGUGUGUACCCCUGUAGAUCUCCCACCUGCUGCUUUCAUCACCUGUUGUCUCCAGGACUUCACAGCAGUGAUGUCGUCUAACAGAGAAGAACACAGCACACUGACUGGUUUCACUAGUUGGAUGUGAAUGAAUUUGCUUUGCGGUUUCUUCCACUCAAGUAGAGGUUGGAUAAACUGUACCGUUUCAAAAUAAAAGCCACUUCUUCAGUCACCCCUCCUCACUACCGGCUCAGAGUGGCAGACCAGUUCAGCUGGGAGCGCUGGAUGUGGCUGUUUCCUGAAUGUUAACGCAGCAAAGCUCUGAAUGGGUUUCUUCAGUGUCUAAGUGCCUCAAGCUCUGGUGGAGAACCAUUUAAUGAAACAUAAAAACAGAGGACAUAUCUUUAUUUAAGAAUGAAUAAAUGCAGUGCAUACACAUAUAAACAUUGCUGCAAAGUAUAUUUUCCUUAAGAUUCACUGAUUGUUUAGCAAUAAAACACCUGAUUUCCUUUAAUUUUUUUUUUCUAUAAAGUUUAUUGUCUGGUAAUUUAUGUUGCCUGGCAUCAAAUGUAAACAAAUUAUUAAUAAAAUGUGUUUCAAAUGAA